GGCCACUUUCUUUGCUUAUCGAUUGCAAUAUAUAAGCGUGUAGUCUCUGUUUUGAUUUCACGCGGUGGCGGUAUUUCUUAUUAGAAACAACGGGCACGUUUUGCUCAGCGUUUUUCUUUUAAUGAACCAUGUCAGACACUUAUUCACUUGUACCUCUUUUGCUCUCAUAUAAGUCUUCUUCGCAAUCAGAAUAUUAUUAUCUUUAUUCGCGUUAUAAUGCUGACCACCGUAAGUCAGCAUUUGGAACGUGUAAUUUUUUAUUAAGCGCAAACUUCUGUAAUCUGUACGUUUGAUUAUGCUCAUUGUGUUUUCUGUGACGAAGUCGACGAGUCACGGACAUAUAUACGUAGUGAUAAUAAGUAUACGUGAUGGUUUAUUGAAUUAACAUCUAAGCAAAUGAAACCCAUAAAUAUUAUCUAUAAUAAUAAAUCAUGAUGUGAUAUCGUGACAACCCACCGUAUUAAAGUACCAACUUAGUACACUUACGCUUGUUUCCCUUAUUAAGCAAAAUUAAUUUUACCUGUAGUACAAUAAGCGAAGGUGUAAGCAAAGAUUGCAUUUAUGCACGAUGGAUAAACUUAGAUCCUGUGUGGAAAAUCAUCGUUUAACUUUUGCAACUAUCGUGGGAAUCGGUUGUGGCGUUACUAUUGGAUUGAUAUUAAAGAAUUUUACGCAUCAACCAUGGACGCAACGAGAAAUAAUGUACUUACAAAUUCCCGGUGAAAUAUUUUUGAGGAUGGUUAAUUGUUUAAUUCUGCCGCUCGUCGUUUCCAGUAUUGUCAGUGCUAGUUGUAAUCUUAGUAAAUCAGGGAGUAUUGGAAUGAAGGCAUUAUAUUAUUAUACAACAACAACAACUGUUGGUAUAAUUUGGAGCGUCAUUCUCGUUCAGACGAUAAGACCUGGUGAAUUACAUAGGAAAGUAAAUGCAACUAUAUCUAUGACAACAAGAAAUUAUGUCACGACUGAUACGCUUUUGGAUUUACUUCGUAAUUUAAUUCCUGAUAAUUUAAUAAAAGCGUGUAUGAGCCAGUAUCAAACUGUAUUGGAGGAACCAAAAAAUAUCAGUGCAGUAUCUACAAUAUACGAAUGGUCCAUUUCCCAUCAGUACAUACCAGGAACCAAUGUACUCGGACUUGUGUUUUUUAGUCUACUGCUUGGCAUAGGAUUAGGAAAAGUGGGUGAUGAGGCGAAACCAUUGUUAAUGUUUUUUCACGCACUGUCCGAAGUGACGAUGAUCAUCAUGAAUUGGGUGAUAAUGGUUGCUCCGAUCAGUGUUGUGUUCCUUAUUCCUGGAAAAAUAUUGGAAAUUGAUGAUUUUGGAUUAAUGAUGGCACAACUGGGCGUUUACGUAUGUACAGUUUUCUUUGGUCUAUUAGUUCAUGGCUUAGUGACGUUGCCCAUGAUCUACUUCAUUUGUACCCGCAAGUCGCCGUACAAGAUUAUUUCAAAAAUAGGCCCUGCCCUAGUAACAGCUUUAGGAACAUCAUCAAGCACUGCAACGGUACCUGUAACGCUACGGUGCCUUGAUAAUAUUGGGAUUGAUCGCAAAGUUUCUAGAUUUGUGGCUCCUAUUGGAGCUACAAUAAAUAUGGAUGGUAUCGCACUGUAUGAGACAAUUGGUGCCAUUUUCAUAAUACAAUUAAGAGGAUUACAGUAUUCAUUGAGCAGAAUUAUAGCUAUAAGUAUUACUUGUACAAUAUCAUGCAUUGGUGCAGCAGGAUUACCAAAUGGUGGCUAUGUUAUGUUAGUUACGAUAUUAAAUUCUAUUGGAGUUCCUGCUGAAGACGUUACACUCAUAAUCGCCAUUGACUGUCUAGUGGAUCGCUUUAGGACGACAGUAAAUAUUAUAGCAGAUGCUUUGGGAGCUGGAAUUAUAUCUCACUUCACGAAAAAUGAUGUUAGUGAUGAAUUAACGGAUGAUGCAAAUGUGCCAUUACGUUCCAGGAAGGAGAAUAAUAAGUAAAUGCGUGUCGAACAGUACGAAAUCAAAUAUGUGGUACAGUGGAUUAUCUCACAGCUUGCAUAAUAUAGGAAUAUGGAAGCUAAGGGAAUUACGAAUCACGAGUUUGAAAUGGUUGUACUCUCGAACUCGUGAUCAGUGACAAUGUUAAGGUGUCCCUAUCCUUGGCCUGCCGUAAACUAUGAGAGAUUCCACUGUAAUAAUUUAAAGAUAUAUUAACAAUAAUACUCUUCAAAGAAAA